UCAGAACCUGCCUUGCCUGAGGCCGCUAUGAUGAGAGCGUGGUGGGCCUGGGCCUACCAGUGGCCAUGUCCGUCCGAGAAACAGCUUUCUAUCAGCCUUGCUGAAUCUUGGAGCUUGCCUUUACCCCCUUGGGGCUCACAGCACUGAGCCUCCCUUUGGGUGGGGCAGGUGGGUGGAACAACCCAGUGAAGAAGAGGGAAGUGAGAAGCUAGGGUGGGGCAAGCUGAGAAGAGUUUGAGAAGAAAAGGCCCCGUGGAGAGCGCUUCAUAAAACCGGCCUGGUGAUCCAGCACUGCGGAGGCGAAGGCAAAAGAGCAGAAGUUCAAGGUCACCCUUAGCUACCUAGUCUGAAAACAGCAUGUACUCACCCAUUCCUCAGAGCGGCUCUUCAUUCCCAGCCUCAGUCCAAGACCCAGGCCUACACAUAUGGCGUGUGGAGAAGCUGAAGCCGGUGUUAAUAGCACGAGAGAACCAUGGCAUCUUCUUCUCUGGGGAUUCCUACCUAGUGCUACACAAUGGCCCAGAAGAGGUCUCCCAUUUACACCUGUGGAUAGGCCAGCAAUCAUCCCGGGAUGAGCAGGGCGCCUGUGCUGUGCUGGCUGUGCACCUCAACACCCUCCUUGGGGAGCGGCCUGUGCAGCACCGUGAGGUUCAAGGGAACGAGUCCGACCUUUUCAUGAGCUACUUCCCACGUGGCCUCAAGUACCAGGAAGGUGGUGUGGAGUCCGCAUUUCACAAGACAUCCUUGGGGGCCACCCCAGCAGCCGUCAAGAAGCUCUACCAGGUUAAGGGGAAGAAGAACAUCCGAGCCACUGAGAGGGCACUGAGCUGGGACAGCUUCAACACCGGGGACUGCUUCAUCCUGGACCUGGGUCAGAAUAUCUUCGCCUGGUGUGGUGGAAAGUCCAACAUCCUGGAACGUAACAAGGCAAGGGACCUGGCCCUGGCCAUCAGGGACAGCGAGCGGCAGGGCAAGGCCCAGGUGGAAAUUAUUAGUGAUGGAGAGGAGCCAGCCGAGAUGAUUCAGGUUCUGGGCCCCAAGCCUGCUCUGAAGGAGGGCAACCCUGAGGAAGACCUCACAGCUGACCAGACCAAUGCCCAAGCUGCGGCCCUGUAUAAGGUCUCUGAUGCCACUGGACAGAUGAAUCUGACCAAGGUGGCUGACUCCAGCCCCUUUGCCUCUGAACUGCUGAUCCCAGAUGACUGCUUUGUUCUGGACAACGGGCCUUGUGGCAAAAUCUACAUCUGGAAGGGACGAAAAGCUAAUGAGAAGGAGCGGCAGGCAGCCCUCCAAGUGGCCGAUGGCUUCAUCUCUCGGAUGAGAUAUUCCCCCAACACUCAGGUGGAGAUUCUGCCCCAGGGCCGAGAGAGUCCCAUCUUCAAGCAAUUCUUCAAGAACUGGAAAUGAGGGUUGGUGCCCCUAGCCCUCCUCUCCUGCCUUCUACCACCGGCCUGCCUGUCCUCCGCCCCAUGCCCCUGGCUGUUGAGUCAGCACUGAGGUGCCCUCUCUGUGGACGCUCAAUAAAGGAGACACAUUCCUUUCCCA